AAGAAAUCCAUUGUGCCUCUUGCACACAUAGGCAAUACAGUGCUUUACUCAUGCAGGCGCACAGAGAGAAUGGUAAACGACUGAACCCCCUAUUGAAUUCAGACAGAGCAGCAGAAAAAGAGAAGGACUGAGCUGCGACACUCAGUCACAGAGAGGCAGAGGUGUGAAUGAGUUAGGCUUUAGGCAGAGUAAGAAAGGGAGCCUCGGAAAAUAAUAGCAGGUUUUCUGUUUCAUAUUGGUUGAAAGUGGGAAAAGAGAUUACAGCAUAUCCGGGAGAGAGAAAAGAAAGGGAGAGCACCCUAUAAUUUCUUUUUUAGACUGGUUUGCCAUACUUCUCCACCCGAGCAAAGAGGUAUAGUGCACUUUGUGGAUUUGUCUUUAAGAAAAGUCGCCUGUAAUUACGCACAAAUCUUUCACACAUAGUAUAUUGGAAACUCCACGCUAAAAGAUUCUAAAUACACGCAUUUCGGUGUUUUUUUUUUUUAAAUGCAAAAGUUUCCUUUUUUUGUUCAGUGCUGUUUCAGUGACACCGAGGACCCCGUGGUGCAAUGAUAAGGAUUUUGGUAACGUGCGUCUCCAUGGUGUCCAUCAUCGGGAUGGUUGCCGGUGUUCGUAGUGGAUACGGAAUGAGUAUGUUCGCGGCUCAAUCCUCUCCUCCGGACCCGUGUUACGACGAGAACGGCAACCCCAGACGCUGCAUCCCCGACUUUGUGAACUCCGCAUUCGGAAAGGACGUGCGCGUGUCCAGCACCUGCGGCGCUCCUGCGUCGCGGUACUGCGUGGUGACCGAGAAGGGCGAGGAAAGAUCGAGGGACUGCAACAUCUGUGACGCCACAGACCCCAAGAAGUCGCAUCCACCCGCGUACCUGACAGACCUCAACAACCCUCACAACCUCACCUGCUGGCAGUCGGAGAACUACGUGCAAUACCCGCAAAAUGUGACUUUGACGCUGUCCUUGGGGAAGAAGUUCGAGGUGACUUACGUGAGCCUCCAGUUCUGCUCUCCUCGCCCUGAAUCCAUGGCCAUCUUCAAGUCCAUGGAUUACGGAAAAACCUGGGUGCCGUUUCAGUUCUACUCAACCCAGUGCAAGAAAAUGUACAACAAAGCAAGCAAAGCUGCGAUCACCAAGCAGAACGAGCAGGAAGCGAUCUGCACGGACUCGCACACGGACAUGCAGCCGUUAACAGGUGGGCUCAUCGCGUUCAGCACGCUGGAUGGCAGACCCUCCGCGCACGACUUCGACAACUCUCCCGUUCUGCAGGACUGGGUCACGGCCACCGAUAUCAAAGUGACCUUCAACCGGUUGCACACCUUCGGGGAUGAGAACGAGGAUGACUCGGAGCUCGCCAGGGACUCGUAUUUUUACGCCGUGUCUGACCUGCAGGUCGGCGGUCGGUGUAAGUGUAACGGGCACGCGUCAAAGUGCGUAAAGGACCGAGAAGGGAACCUAGUGUGCGAGUGCAAGCACAACACGGCGGGACCGGAGUGCGACAGGUGUAAGCCGUUCCACUACGACCGGCCGUGGCAGCGCGCGACGGCCAGAGAGGCGAACGAAUGCGUCGCCUGUCACUGUAACUUACAUGCCCGCCGCUGCCGCUUCAACAUGGAGCUGUAUAAGCUAUCGGGCCGCAGGAGUGGAGGAGUCUGUCUCAACUGCAGACACAACACAGCCGGACGGCACUGCCACUACUGUAAAGAGGGCUACUACAGAGACAUGACCAAGGCCAUCUCACACAGACGCGCAUGCAAAGCUUGUGAUUGUCAUCCAGUUGGUGCAGCUGGUAAGACCUGUAACCAGACGACCGGACAGUGCCCAUGCAAAGAUGGUGUGACUGGCAUCACUUGCAACCGCUGCGCUAAAGGAUACCAGCAAAGCAGAUCGCCUAUCGCCCCCUGUAUCAAGAUUCCGGUUGCUGCACCCACAGCCACCUACAGCAGUUCACAAGAGCCCACAGACUGUGACUCCCACUGUAAGACUCCCAAGGGCAAGAUGAAGGUUACCAUGAAAAAAUACUGCAAAAAAGAUUAUGCUGUCCAGGUUCACGUGCUAAAAGGAGAUAAGGCGGGCGAGUGGUGGAAAUUCACUAUCAACAUCAUAUCCGUCUAUAAGCAGGGUGGACAUCGCAUUCGCAGAGGAGACCAGCUCCUGUGGGUCCGCGCUAAAGACGUGGCCUGCAAGUGCCCCAAAAUUAAACCCGGGAGGAAGUACCUGCUGAUGGGCUCUGACAACGAUGACUCCCGCGGUCAGAGCGGCGUGGUGGUGGACAAGGGCAGCCUGCUCAUCCCGUGGAAGGACCUGUGGGCCCGUCGGCUCAGGAAAUUCCAGCAGCGUGACAAGAGGGGCAAGUGUUAGGAAAAAAAACAUGGAGGAAAAACAGAGAGAUUGAAGAACCGGAGAGAAGGAAAGAAAAAAAUAAUGACCCGAGCAACGUCGGAGCAGAUUGAUUGAUCAGAAUCGUGGUGAAGGACAACCAGUUGUGCAGUUUUGCCUUCCUUUGUUUAGCGUGUUUUUUUUUUCCCAUCAAGAUUUUAUUUUUUCAUAUCUUCAAUUUUGCUGAAUUUGCACCUACUAUUAAGUAUACAUAUAUGUAAAGUGGUUUAUGUGUGAUCCUGGUGUCUGGUGUCUCUUUUUGAUUUCUGUCUUUUUCCACAAAGGAUACAAAAAAAAAAGAUACAAGCUACUGAGUCAGUUUAUCUAUGUGAAUAUUUUCCUUCAGAAGAAGUGUGUUGGCGGUCGACAUUUUAAAGAACUAACAGUGGGGUCCAGAAGUCUGGGUCACUUUGAAAAUCUGGAUUUGAAACAGAAAGUUUAAAAAUAGAAAAACAAAGAUGCAUUCCAAUGACAAAAUAUUUAUGAUUCUUCAAAUUUAUUAUGAAAAAUUAGAUGACCUUUGAUGCAGUGGAUUUGUUUAAAAAGAAAAUAAAAAUGUUCACUCAAAAUGUUAUGCUGAUAAUCAUUUAUUUUUAUUUUUUUUUAUGAAACAUUUUGUUCUAAAUUUGAAAAAUGCUAAAUAAAAGCACUUUCAUUAGCGCUCUCAGUCUUUUGGGCCCCAUUGUACAUUAUUUAGAGUUUGAUUAAAAAGGCAGUAUUUGCAUAUGCGUGAUUACGCCAGAAUCAUAAAACAAGAUCUGUCAAGCCAAUACUUGCCAAAAUUACAUAAAGCAUCCUUUACAUUCCUUCCUCUCAGAUAGAAAAUCUGUUGACAAUACCUCACUGUUGCUGUUCAGAAGAAUUUGAUUGGUUCAAAAUGGCAUGACAUCAUAAUGACAUCAUAAUGUUUAUUUGGUGCCAAAAGCUAUGCCGACUUUUGGCAUUUGAUACUAACUGUGGUGAUCUUUAAAGUGUGAAGUCUACCUUCUGUUCCAUAACUAGUUGUAGUUUGAGUUUUGUUAUAAAUAUAGAGUAUUGUUGUUAACCACUUCAUGAUUUUUCAGUUGGAAAAAAAGUGUAUUUUUCAUUAUGAACAAGAAGUUAACUUAAAAAAGGUCACAUUUAUAAUAAGUGUAAUCUUGUUAUAUUUCUAAAGAUUUCCCAGAUGCAGUAAUAAUCAAAAUUCUCAUCGAGUAAAUAAAUAAAAUCCUGAAAUGUCCUUCAAGACAUCAAGAUGACUAGAGUUUAGUAAAAUUUUAAUGCUCUAGAUUCUAAAUUUGAGACAUCCUGUAUGUCAUUGCUAAGGUUCAAUGAUAAAGUGAUGGAAGAUAUAAGAAAAGAAAGAAGAAAAGAAAAAAAAAAAACAAUGUACACAAGCCUGAAUGGUCUAUAUUUACCAGUGUAUGCAAACAUAAGGUUACAUCCACCAAAAUAAAUCGGCUAAAAUGGCUCUUAUUAUCCAGAGAAACAAACAAUGUUCUGUGAUAUCACUAAUGUGGUACCUUUCUUUCUUUUGGUACUUCACUAAGGUGAUAUGCUCUACUGUUUUUGUACAGUUGUUGUUGUUUUUUACGAUAUUUAGUAGAUUAUAUUCACAUGCAAUUAACCAUUUUUUAUGCCAUGAACUUGAUAUUCUGAAAAUAAGAAAAUGUUUUUUUUAGAUUUUCUUUGUUUACAUAAGUUGGUAGUGUAGUGAGAUGGUUGUACUAUGUCUGUGUGACAGGAAAAUGCACACACACACACACACACACACACACACACACACACACACACACACACACACACACACACACACACUUUAACAUGCAGUCACUGUCCAGCUCUGAAACUCUGACAGUGCUUAUGAACUGAAAGUCAAUGACUAUGGUUUAUUAAAACUCACAGAUGGUCUGGUUGUUUGGAGACACCUGACCUCACAAGUAGACUUUGACCAGUUUUCCAGACAUUUUGGAAAAUGACUUUGAACAGAAUGUUUUUUUUUUUUUUUUUUUUUUUUUUUUUUUUUUUUUGAUGAAGACAUUUACAAUGUUCAUGGUCCUCCUGAAUAUGAUGUUUUACUGUGUACAUUGCAAAAGCUGCGUAUUGUCCCGUAAUGCAUACUAAUAUAUUAUGAUUCUCAUAAAUGAACAUAUUUAAUGAUA